UUCGUUAAAUUUAUUUUCGGAACUGAGCUAUCAUCAGAAUUCCGUGGCGGUUUGGGUUUAAUAUUGUUCAUCCGUGUCAGUUUAUUCGGAUUCGAGCGAUUUCUUGCCGUAGAAAACAAGGAUUUUAUUACAAUUUAUUCAAGUUCCGCGCGAAUUAACCCUUUUUGGGUAUGGAUGCUAGAAAUUCCAAGAGCGGAGAGUCCAGCCCACCGCCUAUGGUAAAUGGGACCUCGUUGAGGGAUGAUCGCCCUGGAAUUCCCCAAUUGUUUACAUCAGUGCCAGCUCUACAUGAAGCUGCUUCCUAUCUCGCCGAGACGACGUCUAUCUUCACUCGCUGCUUCCCAGAUAUUUCCGUAAAAACUGCAUCUCGAGACAAUGAUGGGCAGGAAAUGUUGGCAUUUGUUUCUGGAGAGGCAAGGGCCUCAACAGCUAACAGGGACUGGUCUUCAGAUGCAAGUGUUCCAUCUGUUUCCGAAUCAAUUUACAACAACUUUGAUGCUCCUUUGGUCCAGUCUGGAAUAACCAGGAGCCCGUUGGGAGAAUCUUCUCAAAAUCCUAACAUGCUUGCGCUAUCAAAUAACACGAACCCAACUGGUCUUUCCAUUUUUCAAGGUAUCGUUGAGAAGGUCAGGAGGACGGUUCGUGGUUCUGCUGAUGAUAUUGGAUGGCUACAACAAGCUACGGACAUGCCACCUGUUGAAGAUGGAACUGAAAGAUUCACAGAGAUACUUGAUGAUAUAAGGCAUGGUUUGCACGCGUUGCCAAACACAAUGGUUUACUUGUUAGUCCCAGGUCUUUUCAGCAACCAUGGACCUCUUUACUUCGUGAACACAAAAACGAGCUUUUCAAAGAUGGGACUCACAUGUCAUAUAGCUAAAAUUCACAGCGAGGCUUCAGUGGAGAAGAAUGCUAAAGAGAUUAAGGACUAUAUAGAAGAGAUAUAUUGGGGUUCGAAAAAACGGGUUUUGUUACUUGGCCAUAGUAAAGGGGGAGUAGAUGCUGCUGCUUCUUUAUCAAUGUAUUGGGAUGAACUGAAAGAUAAGGUUGCCGGAUUAGCAUUAGCACAGAGCCCCUAUGGUGGUAGUCCAAUUGCUUCGGAUAUACUGAGAGAAGGUCAGCUUGGCGACUACGUUAACAUCCGUAAGCUUAUGGAGAUCCUCAUCUGUAAAGUGAUCAAGGGUGACAUGCAGGCUCUAGAAGACUUGACGUACGAGAAAAGAAAAGACUUCCUGAGAAAAUACCACUUACCAAAGGACCUUCCCAUAGUUUCCUUCCACACCGAAGCAAGCAUUUCUCCGGCAGUUCUGGCCACGCUAUCCCGCGUGGCCCACGCGGAGCUUCCGACGUUCUCCCCGCUCUCCGUUGGCAACCCCACCACACUUCCCGUGGUCAUCCCUCUAGGUGCUGCAAUGGCUGCCUGUGCACAGCUGCUCCAGAUUAGGUACGGUGAGAAGAGCGAUGGGCUCGUCACUUGCAGAGAUGCGGAGGUUCCGGGGUCGAUUGUGGUCCGGCCCAAGCGUAAAUUGGACCACGCUUGGAUGGUGUAUUCGUCUUUGAACGACGAUACGUCUGAGGCGGAUGCUUCUCAAGUGUGUGAGGCUCUUUUGACUCUCCUUGUCGAAUCUGGGCUGAAGAAGAGACACGAAAUUUCAAAUAAAGAUGAAUGAAUGAAUGAAAUAAUAACAAGUUUGUAGUAUUAGUAUUAAUGUCAGUAUCGGGAAAUGAUUAAUUAAAUCAAUUAUUUUAUUCUUUUUGUACUUCACAACAUGUGAAUGUUCUAUUUCUCCCACUUUUAGAAUGGAUGUAUCGGUACUAGUUAUUAAUCAAUUUUAUUUCUUUAUUUGUUCA